AUGUGUGUUUUCCAGCAUGGACAGAGCAGGACAGACAGAAAGACGUUGUUCCUGAAGGUACGCCAGUGGAUAGCAGACAGAGUGACGGUGAAUUCGUCCCCCGCCUCUCCCUCCACUUCCUCCUCGUAUCCUGGCCCGUCGCCCGUCAGCGAUUGGUCGACGCCUCGCCGGGACAAGUCGUCUCCUCUUCGCGGCCCUCACGGUAAAUUCGUUUCCCCUUCCUCCGUCAGCGGCUACAACUCCUCGUCUUCGAGUCCGCCGGAUCAGACGACGCCGCAGCGACCUCGCGGAGAACGGCACACCGACAUGGCGGAGCUGGCAAAACAUGAAGCGGACAUCGAGCAUCGAACCCAGGCGCUGAAGCGAGAAGGUUUCUGGUCCAUGAAGCGUCUCACCCGCCUGACGGAGCCGCCGAGACCCAAAGUCCACUGGGACUACCUGUGUGAGGAGAUGCAGUGGCUCUCUGCAGACUUCGCCCAGGAGAGGAGGUGGAAGAGAGGAGUGGCCAGAAAGGUGGUACGGAUGGUGAUGCGGCACCACGAGGAGCUGAGGCAAAAAGAAGAGAAGGCGAAGAGAGACGAGCACGCUAAAAUCAGGAGAGUCGCCUCGUCCAUCGCCAAGGAAGUACGAGCUUUCUGGAGCAGCGUCGAAAAGGUGGUGCAGUACAAGCAGCAGUCCAGAUUAGAGGAGAAGAGGAAGAAAGCUUUGGACCUCCAGCUGGAUUUCAUCGUUGGACAGACGGAGAAAUACUCGGACCUCCUCAGCAAAUCUUUAGCUCCCACCAGGCCGGCUGAAACGGCUCCCUCGCCUCCCAAAACAUCUGUGCCGCCUCCCGUCGACGAGGAUGACCGAGACUUCGAGCCUCCGUGCGAGGAAGAGGACGACGAGGAGACGAUCGAGAAGGAAGAGCAGCAGGAAGGAAACGAUGCGGAGAGCCAUCGCAGAGAGAUCGAGCUGCUGAAGGAGGAAGGGUUACUUCCUCUGGAUCAGCUGAUCAGCACCCUCAAACUGCCCACGAUCGGACUAAAAGGAGUCCGGCGAGGAAGACGAGGAAUGCUCCGACGAAUCCUCUUCAUCAGCGCCGGAGAAGAAGACGGAGAAUUCACUGCCAACGAAGAAGACGCUGAGGAUGAGGAGGAUACGAUAGCAGCUCAGGAGAAAGUAGAAGGAAACGUGAAUCAUGAAGAAGAACUGGACGACUUAGCCAAAGAAGGUGACAUGAGCAUGGAGGAGCUGCUGGAGAAGUAUAAAGGAGCGUACGCCUCAGACUUCGAGGAGCCGUCUGCGUCCGGCUCUAAAGCGAGCUCUGACUCAGAGGUUUCUGGAGACGACGAGGUGGAAACGGAAGAAGACGAGAGCGACGUGGAAAGCAACCACUUCCUCCUCAG